GGACGGGGACCGCGCUCCGGAGCUUGCCCGCCGCCGGGCCGGAUCCGGGCUUUGCCGGUGGGCUCCCCCCUUUCCCCGGCGGGGCUCCCCCCCCUUUCCCCGGCGGGACCGCCCGCCCCCCGCCCUGCGGCAGCGCUCCCCGGCCCCGGCAUGGCCUCGGGCAAGGCUGCGGGGGAGCGGCGGUGGGAGCUGGUGCGCUGGUACGUGAGAGAAGGCCGGUUUCGGAUCGAGGAGAGGACGCUGACAGCUUUCCAGUGGCUGUACUCACCCCACCAGCACCGCAUCGUCAGCCGGGCGGACCUGGGCUCGCCCAGCAGGAUCGACAAGACGAUGCUCGCCAGCCUGAAGAUCAAGAAACAGGAGCUGCUGAACAGCACGGAUGUGACCGUCCCGGAGCGGCCGCUGUCCCCCCCCCUCACUGCCCCGCCGACCAUGAAGUCUGCGGAAUUCUUCGAAAUGCUGGAAAAAAUGCAGGCACCAAAACUUGAAGAACAGAGGACUGGAAGCCAAAAACAUAAGGAAGACUACAUCCCGUACCCCAGCAUCGAUGAGAUCCUAGAGAAGGGCAGCCCGUACCCGCUGAUCAUCCUGCCCCAGUUUGGGGGAUACUGGAUCGAAGACCCGGAAAACCUCGGAACGCCCACCUCGUCCGACAGCAGCAUCUGCGAGGAGGAGGAGGAGAACCUCAGCCCCAGCGCCUACGGCUACAGGCUGGAGUGCAAAGGAGAGGCCAGAGCCUACAGGAAGCAUUUCCUGGGGAAGGAUCAUUUAAAUUUUUAUUGUACGGCCAGCAGCCUCGGAAAUCUGAUCCUUUCUAUUAAGUGUGAGGAGGCAGAUGGCACGGAAUAUUUAAGGAUUAUACUCAGGUCCAAAGUGAAGACGUUGCAUGAAAGGAUCCCCCUGGCAGGAUUUAGCAAGCUCCCCAGCAUCCCCCAGAUUGCGAAGGCCUUCUGCGACGACGCCUCUGGCCUGAAGUUUAACCCGGUUCUGUACCCCAAGGCGUCCCAGAUGAUAGUGUCUUAUGACGAACAUGAGGUCAACAACACGUUCAAGUUCGGUGUGAUCUAUCAGAAGUUCAGGCAGACCCAGGAGGAGGAGUUGUUCGGCAAUAAUGAAGAGAGCGCUGCCUUCAAGAACUUCUUAAGUUUUCUGGGAGACACCAUAACACUCCAGGACUUCAAAGGUUUUCGAGGAGGUCUGGAUGUCAGCCACGGGCAGACAGGAGCAGAGUCUGUGUACACAGUGUUCAGGGACAGGGAGAUAAUGUUUCACGUCUCUACAAAGCUGCCUUUUACCGAAGGAGACACACAACAACUCCAGAGGAAGAGGCACAUUGGCAAUGACAUCGUGGCAAUUAUCUUCCAAGAAGAGAACACACCAUUUGUCCCAGACAUGAUCGCCUCCAACUUCUUGCACGCCUACAUUGUUGUGCAGGUGGAAAACCCCGAGGCAGAUAACACGGCGUACAAGGUGUCGGUCACGGCCCGGGAAGAUGUCCCGUCCUUCGGCCCGCCCCUGCCGAGCCCACCAGUAUUCCAGAAGAGCCCCGAGUUCCGGGAGUUCCUGCUGACCAAGCUCAUCAACGCCGAGAACGCCUGCUGCAAAUCCGACAAGUUUGCGAAGCUGGAGGACCGGACGCGGGCCGCCUUGCUGGACAACCUUCACGACGAGCUCCACGGGCACACGCAGACCAUGCUGGGGCUGGGGCCCGAGGAAGACAAGCUGGAGAACGGGGGUCACGGAGGCUUUCUGGAGUCUUUCAAGAGAGCUAUCCGGGUGCGCAGCCACUCCAUGGAGACGAUGGUGGGCAGCCAGAAGAAGCACCACGGUGGCGGCAUCCCGGGCAGCCUCAGCGGGGGCAUCGCGCACAACAGCAGCGAGGUGACCAAGACCACCUUCUCGCCCCCCGUACCCGCAGCCGCUGCCAAGAACCAGUCCAGGAGCCCCAUCAAGCGCCGCUCGGGGCUGUUCCCUCGCCUGCACACGGGGUCUGAGAGCCAGGCAGAGAGCAGGACAAGGUGCGACAGUGUUUCAGGAGCCCAGAAGAUGCCAGAUUUGGGACAUUCUUCUCAGGAGAUGAAGUCUGAAACCUCGUCCAACCCCAGCUCCCCCGAAAUAUGCCCCAACAAAGACAGGCCGUUUAUUAAGCUGAAAGAGAACGGGAGGUCAAACAUCUCCCGUUCGUCCUCGAGCACCAGCAGCUUCAGCAGCACGGCGGGGGAGAGCGAGACCCUGGAGGAGUACGACAGCGUGGGAAGCCAGCCGUCUACUGCGUCGCCGUUCAAGCAGGACGUGUUUGUCUACAGUGCCUCGCCUGGCAGCGAGAGCCCGAGCGUGGGGGCCGCGGCCACCCCCGUGAUCAUGAGCAGGAGCCCCACAGCAGAUAUAAAGAACAGAAACUCUCCAAGGUCAAACCUGAAGUUUCGCUUUGACAAGCUCAGCCACGGCAGCUCCAGCACGAGCCACUAGCAGGAAGAAGAAGUCCUGAACUUGUGAAAGAGAAUUUUUGUUUCAACAAAGGGAAAACUCUUCAACAUCCCGUGGGAAGAUGCACGCCCCGGCCGCGGGCAGCGAGGUGCCCUCGCCUCCCGGCUGCACUCUGCGCCGGGAAGAAGUUCUCACCUUGCCGCGAUCUCUGCCCCGACAGGGACCCAGCCACCUUCCCACCGGGUGAACCCCUCGCCAGCAAACGCCCCCACACCCCUCCCCCUGCACCGCGGGAGAUGUGUCUCUGUGUUGCACGCGCGUGCGGCCGGAGGCCACGUCGCCCCGUGGGCACCCAUCUGUGCUGCGGCUGAUGGGUGCUGGGUGGGUGCCGUCCAUCCCCCCUCCCGGCUCGCCUGCCGGCUCCUCUCGGGCAGAGGGGAAGCGGGACGGACCCCCCCGGCGCGGUUCAGGUGCCUCCACGCUUUAUUUGCAGCUAUCAGCGGGAAAACAGGGUUUCUGCGUUUGGCUUUUGGAAGGGUAGGUAGUCAGGGCAAAGUUACGUGUUCCCGCGCCCCGUCCUUUGCCCUCGCUCGUCUCCGGAGAGAACGGGGCAAAACCUCCCCGUGGGGGCUGCGGCAGCUCACCAGCCACCCCCCUGCUGCCUCCCCCUCCAGCUCGCUACUCGCAUCGCAAAACUGUUAGGGCAGACGCAGCCUCUUACUCCGUGCUUAUGUAGUUUGUGGCACAAGAGGAGGGCGUGCGAACCAGCCCCGGGGGGAGCAGAGCCGGUGACCGGGGCCGACUCGUCUCUCGGCAGGUCGGGAGAUGGUUUAUAGGGGCUCCCUGCUUUUUCCCUGCCUGCAGCUCUGAGCGCGACCCUGGAAAAGAUUAACCAAAGCUGAAGUGUAGUGUAUCUAAAUACCAGAACUGGUUCUCGGAGUGGAGUUGCCCCGUGGGCUUUGCUUUACCCUACGGAUUGCCAGGCAAGCAAAUGCCUCAAACCCCAGUGACCGGGGUGGCAUUAGGCUGCUCCACCCCGUGCAGAAUCUGUCCCUCUGCUUUCGAAUGUGCUUUUGGUUGUUGUGAAAGACAAGGAUUAUGAAUUCUGCAAGGCGACUUCCCUGGGAUGCCCUUUUCCAAAAAAUACCUCUCUCAACAUGCCAAGAAGUCCUCUUGCUCUUUUAUGGAACUUUGUCUAAGGUUUACUGAAGUCUGUCCAUGAAUUUCACAUUGCUCAUAGAUUUCCUCCGUCAGGUCCGUGAAAGAUACGCUGCAACGCUGCAGGGAUGCUCCCCCCCCCAACCACAAUCUGUGACCUUUGCAAACCCCCCCUGAAAUCAGGUUCUUAAGCGAAAGCAAUGCUUUGAGUUCGCGAUUCCUAAUGAAAACAGAACUUUGAGUGCCAAAGCUGACUUCACACAGCUGGAGCUGCGAGGGGCACGAAAGUGUCUGACAGCCGCUUUGAGGAGGCGCGGGCCGAAUCGCGUACCUGGAGGCAGCCCCAGGCAGCCGGCGCGGGGGAUUCCCAGGGCCGCCCGUCCUGGGGCUGCGGCUGCUCCCCGGGGAUUCGGCUGCUGGCCCGGGGCCGCACCUCUCUGGGUAGGAGCAAACCAUCACCUCCCCGCCACCUCCCCCUGGACCAGGGCAAAGCCGAGCCAAGCCAAACCGAACCGGCUCUGCUAAGCGAGGCUCUGCGUGGUACGACGCGACAGCCUUAACAGUGGGUUCGUACGGGUGCUCCCCUUGCGCGUGUAACUUACCCAUUUGAGAAGAAAAGCCCUAACGGGAGAGGAACCCGAUUAAAGGAGGAAAACACGUUGUGGAAAAGGUGGAGAACAGUUCCACAGGCACUGGUGCGCCGUGUGGGACUAGUAAAUACCAGUAACCACCAGUGGGAACACUCCCUCCUGCUUUCAGUGAGUUGUAUUUAAAUAGACUUUAAAUCUUGAGGUUUCCUUUGAAAAAGGAGAAGCACGGUGUGCUUAGCCCGGUCCGUAGCUAGCUCUAGAUGUCUCAGGUUCCACAUUCUUUGCUGUUCAGCACUUCUGUCUGAUAAUGCUUCGGUAGCACUUUCAAACCCAUCCCCAGUUCUUCCCCUUAGAAGCUUUUGGUCUGGUUUUAUGCUGCGCAGUGAAAUACUGACUGGUGCAACGGCUUGCUUUGAGGGUCUGUUCUUGGUUUUGCUUUCUUUCCUUGAGAAGUUGCUUGAUUCUGUAGACGUCAUCAUUCGCAUGGGUGUUGAUCUCCGUGAGAUCUUUCAGCAGAAGAUGCAGUGACUACUGUCAGCUGGGUUUUUCAUUUUUCGUUGUUUUGGGGUUUCUUUUACUUGAAACCGUGACAUUCCUUUCUGACCUAGAUUGAUUUGUAGAAUUAUCCGAAUGGGAUUAACCGGCAGGCAGGCCAGCACGAAGCUGCAGGGAGAGAGAUGCAGCGUGUUGGACUUGUCUUUCCCCGCGCCAGCCUGCCGGAACGGCAGCGGGGCCGGGAGCCCAGGUCUGGCACGAGGUUUGCCAGCGGCUCCUGCCUGCUCUGGGGCAUUUUCAACAGCACUCCUGCCGACGGGUUGUGAAAACCUGCUGCAGCUCCUGAACAGCAACUGGGCUUUUCAAGCGCUGUCCUAGCCCGGCUCUCGUGUGGUUUCCGCCUGCCUGCGCUGCCGUGCAGCUGCGUGCGCGUGGCGUGUUCUCUCAGCCCUGGGUGGUCCCGAAUUGUCCCGCGGCAGUGCGGGACCGACCCGCAGUUGUGCCAGACCCCGGAGGCAUUUGCGCUUCCAGCGGUGGGUGAAGGUGUUCCUGUACAUCUACUGCAAAACGUUUUGUGCUUAUAAGUGACACACAUGCGUAGAUACAUAUAUAAAAGGGAUUUUUUUUAAUAUAUAUAUAUAUAUAUAAAAGAAAGGAUCCUUAACUGACACUAAAAUUACUGGGCAGUGCAUUUUCCUUUCUGGUCCCCACCGUUUACAUGCACAUAACUUUACCACACUCAGAAGUGGCUUUGCACAGGGAGCAGAAGGGGCUCAGAAAGGCGACUGGGGGGGGAUCGGGGGAGCCCCCGGCUGCAUGGCGAGGUCUCUCCUGAUGCGGGAGCUUGCUCCCCUUCUCGCCGGGGUUUCGGUCCCCCGCGUGCUGCUGCUGCAGCCCGGCUGCCGCUUGGCUUGGACCAGCUCCUGAGCUCGGUGAGAGGCAGAGGCAGGCCAGGUCCAGGCCAGCUCCGCAGCGCCGGUGCUGCCGGCUCCGAGUCCUGGCAGCAGAGCGGGGAGGGAAAGCUGCCGCCCUCCACCCGCAUCUCCGGCCUUAGCCCCGGGGACUGGUUCCAGCUGCCGAGAGCCGGAGCGAGCCGCUGCUCCUCUGGGCUGUUGCUCAGGAAAGCACUUAGCGUGUACUUGCACCCUCUUGAAAUCCCACAAAGUCAAGCACAGGAUUACACUUAAGCACAAAGUGAAAGUGCUUUUUUCUCUGGGCGAAAAGGGGGGAUCCUAAGCACAAACUCGGUUUCUUUCCAGCGUUUUGAGGGUCGUCAGGAAUGGCAGGUGAGGGGGCUGCUGGCACGGAUGGGCUCGUUAACCCGGGCUGAGGUUUCUCGGCUUCUUGGCUUGACUGCAAGGGGUGCUUAGUGCUGACAGCUGCUCUUAAAACCAGCGGCUGGGCAGAGCUCAGCACCUCUGCAGAUCGCACCUCGCGCUCAUGUUGCUUUGCUGAUGUUCCGACUCCUGUUCCACUAGAGCUGGCAAAGAGCCUGUCGUUCCCCAGUCCUAGAGCAUGCUGUCAUUAUGUUUUGAUGAAUGUAGCACUGCGUGUAUCCUGCAAAGGGAAAUGCUGAAUUUAUAUCGUUAGAAUGUGAAGAGAGUUUAUAGAGUGAAAAUAAAUCUUGAAGACAUGUAUCUGACAAAGUUUAUUUUUUAUGUAGAGACGCGGUGCUUUGUAGUUCCUGGUGGCCUAUGUCUGUUGUAAAUAAUGUACAUUUAAUUUAUUGCUAUGGUAGCAGAUUGUUAUGUAUAAAACUAAAGGUUCACAGAUGUAUAUUUUGUUGCUUAAAUGUGUCUUUGCAAAAUUCACAAUAAAUAACAUAUUUUG